AUGGCGAUGGGUGCGGUACUUGAAUUGGUGUCUCUUGGGCUGGUUCAUCUUCUUUUGUUGGCGCACCAUGCAGCUGCUGGGUCCGAGCCCAUCGAUCCAACUGAGGGUUUUGUUGACGUACCUUUGAGCAACUCCAACUUUCACAACCUGAAACCGUAUGACCUCCCGGCAAGCAAGCGGUACAGCUUUGUGAAUGGCGUUCACAACUUCUGGGUUUAUUCUACUGACAAUCCUCUAUCAAAUGGCAGCCCAACUCACCCUCGCUCCGAACUUCGGGUCGAGGGAUACUAUUACAGUACUGGUAUUUGGCAAUUUGAAGGAUAUGGAUAUGUACCAUCAGGGACAUCAGGUGUAUGCAUUAUGCAAGUAUUUGGAGCAAAAACUCAUCCUACAACUCUAAUGCUCAAAGUUAAUAAUGGUACACUUACAUACUAUUUGAGCAACGUCCUUGAACAAAAUAUAUAUGAUAGGUGGUUUAAGCUAAACGUGAUACAUGAUACUGAAGCUGCAAUCACAAGAACUUUUAUUGAUGGCGUUCUCAAGCUUGUAGCUCCUCACCGUCAGAACGCCACCCAUCAUUUUCAGUUUGGGGUCUAUCAACAAGAAAAUGCUUCUUUUUAUGGGGAGUCUCGUUGGAAGGGAAUUAGAGUUAUGAAAAAAGUUGACAAUGAUUCUAAAAAACUACCUUCCAAGAAAGACAAUAUUUCUCGGAAAUUGUUGUAA